AAUUCGGAUCGUUGCUUCUGUAUCGUGACUUUCAGAAACUGGGUUUUUAUUUAUUAUAUUUAAAUUACAAUUAAAAUGGCAGCGUCUGUAAUAAACACAUAUGCCGACCCCAGCAUGCCUGAAUGGCUAAGUGCACCGCAUAGCACCGGCACCUCGAUCAUGGCGUGUGAAUUCAACGGUGGUGUGGUGAUUGGCGCCGAUUCUCGCACCACUACAGGUGCAUACAUCGCCAACAGAGUUACCGACAAGCUAACUCGUAUCACAGACCAUAUCUACUGCUGUCGCUCUGGCUCAGCAGCAGACACACAAGCUAUUGCAGAUAUCGUUACAUACCAUUUGAAUUUUCACAAAAUGGAACUUGGUGAAGAACCAUUAGUGCAGACUGCUGCUGCCAUAUUUCGUGAACUGUGUUAUAACUAUCGUGAUUCGCUAGUUGCUGGUAUCUUAGUUGCUGGCUGGGACAAGAAGAAAGGAGGCCAAAUUUAUUCAGUACCCAUUGGUGGAAUGGUGCAACGCCAAGCAGUAUCUAUUGGAGGUUCCGGUUCUUCUUAUGUUUAUGGCUACGUAGAUGCUAAUUUCAAACCCAACAUGAGCAAGGAGGAAGCUGUCAAAUUUGUUACCAGUACUUUGACACUGGCUAUGCUCCGUGAUGGCUCAUCAGGUGGUGUAGUAAGGUUGGGAGUGAUCACAGAAAGUGGUGUUGAACGCUCAGUUGUCCUCGGUAACCAGCUACCCAAGUUCUAUGAGGGUUGAAUAUUUUUUUGUAAUUCAGUUAUUUUAAGAUAAUAAAUUUUGGA